AUCACAACAAAACCAAAUUCCACAUCCACACUAACAAUCUUUUUUCUUCAAUUCCAAAUUCAAUUCCAUCUCAAAAUGGAGAGAUUGAACAAAUUAGUGACCAAAAAGCCCUUGGUCAUCUUUAGCAUGACCACAUGUUGCAUGAGCCACACAAUCAAGUCCCUCUUCUACGAUUUCGGUGUCAACCCAACAAUUUACGAGCUCGACGAAAUCGCAAACGGACGUGAAAUCGAGCAAGCCCUAUCGCGGCUCGGGUGUAACCCUACAAUGAUGCCUGCAGUGUUCAUCGGCGGCGAAUUUGUCGGUGGUGCAAACGAGAUUAUGAGCCUCCACCUCAAGAGGUCUUUAAAGCCCAUGCUAAAAAAUGCCGGUGCAUUAUGGGUUUAAUAAUAUAUAUAUACGUACGAGUGUAUGUUUGUGGGCCCGAUAGAAUCGAUAAAUAUUGCAGUUUUAUUGCGUAUAUGAUCGUUUAGAUGUCGGAUUAUAUAGUCACUAAGUUUUUCUAAGUAUAGUGCUAAUUAUCACUAUAUAUACACUAUACAUGCAGUUUUUGUUGCACGUGGUGUUAUUAUAUAAAUAGGUUUAAAGUUUUUUAUGAUGCCUUUUGUAUGCUUAAGUUUUGCCUAAUGAUGCUACUAAUCUACUGAAUUAAAUAUAUUAUUAAUGUUAGUAA